UUGCCGCCCCCAGAUCGCCACUACUUGUGCAUUGUCUAGACUCUCUAAAAGCUUAUAUCAUCUGGUUUAUCUUCAGAAAUUUGUAGGUAGAUCGAAGGAGGCCGUCUUCACGUCGCCAACCACAACUCCGGUCGUCGUCUGAAGGCUGUAGAUUGAGUUUUCCGGUCGAAUACCUUUCUGUGUCGUCUCUCGUCGGAGAAUAUCUGACGGCGGUGGCUGUGUUCUUUUUUUUGAAGUGUUUUCUUCUCUAACUAAGGGAGCGACGAACUUCGUGACUUCAGUGAGGUCAUCACUGAAUCCUGUUGUUCUCUUUGAAGCUGAACAGAAUUCGUUAUUCCAGUGGAGACGAGGUACGAAACUUUGCAGAUUGUUACGAGAGAUCAGCACACUUCCGUCCUUCAUUUGCGAAUUCAGAGUGUAACUGCUUCGUCUAGCUUUGAUAAGUCUGGAUUGCAACUGCUGUCGGAAUCACAGAAACUGAGAAUUCAGCAAGCCUUAAUGGAUUCUGAAUUUUAUCUUCUGUCGCACUUUGAUCGGCAGUAACGGAGCAGAUGAUGAGAAGUACUGAUAGCCGCUAACAGGCUCUUCAGUAGAUCGAUCACCUCACACAACAACAACAUUUGGCUCUAGUGAGAGGGGCUUGUAAUUAAGUGAUGUGGACGAAUGUUUUUAAAAUCGGAGGUCUCAAUCAAAUAUCUUGGUUCCAAUUUCUUCCUAAUGAGUCUGAUCUCAACUCCCUACCUGAUAAAAGUGGAAAAGGGGAGCAGAACGAUGCUGCCACCCUUUUGGUGCUUUCUGCUCAUUUCCAGUUGCAGAAGGAAGGAUUCAUCAGCACAUGGACGAAUUCUUUUGUUGGCCCUUGGGAUCCAUCUCAGGGUCAACACAAUCCUGAUGAGAAAAUUAAACUUUGGCUUUUUCUCCCUGGACGUUACUCAUCUCCCUUGGAGUCUGCUCAAACAGCUGUCUCUUGUUUGCGCGUUAUUGCAUCUGGUCUCUGGUUGGCUCCAGGAGACUCAGAAGAGGUUGCAGUUGCUUUAUCUCAGGCGUUACGUAAUCGUUUAGAAAGAGCUCUUUCUGGACUUUCAUACGUGAGGUUUGGUGAUGUAUUUUCAAAAUACCGCCCUUUUUCGCAUAGUGAAGAACUUUUCAGGAAAGGGCAGCAUGUAGUGGAGUUCAUUUUCGCUGCUACUGAAGAUGCUAUCUAUGUGCAUGUUCUGAUUUCCGCUAGGCAUAUCCGGGCUCUAUCUAGUGGAGAUGUGGAAAGAAUAUUAGGUCAUUUGUUAAAUCAUUCCAAUCAGAACCUCCCAGUGAUUGUAUCACCACAUGGAAUGCGUGGUAAGUUGACUGGAUGCUGUCCAAGUGAUCUUGUGAAACAGGUUUAUCCGAGUUCUGGUAAAAUGAAGAGUUCCAAUGGAAUUGUAGGCUUGCCAAACUACCGUUGUCAAUUUUACAAUUGCCAGCUGAGAGGGCAAAAUUGUUACCUUGAAGUUACCCUGGGUUGCCCUCGUACUAGAAAUGAAAAGGCAGUUCAGUCAAAUGUGAAUUUGAAAAAGUUGCAUCAUAUUAAGGAGUCUUCUGCAGUAUCUAAAGUUGUUGAUAAUGGAUUAUCAAAUCAUCUUUUGAUCAGUGGAAGUACAUUUAUCUAUCCACCCGAGGCCGUGCUUGUUCCUGUUUUGCAGAUGUCAUCCGCUAGAUCUUCUCUUAAAAGGUUUUGGCUACAAAAUUGGGUAGGACCAUCCUUAUCUGGUUUGUAUUUCUUCAUAAACAGUGCUGGUGAGGUAGAUUUUUCAGAUGGAUCAUUCUCAAAACCGAAUGGACCAUUCUCAAAUCAUGAUUAUCACAGUAGUAGCAACAGCAACAACAGCAGCAUUAGCAGUAUAUGUAGCACCUCUAGCGACAGUGAUUACAAUAUGACUGCUGGAGGUGAUGAUCUCGAGGCUGAUGCUGAUUCAUUGACUUGUGGGCGCUCUGGUGUAUCUUCUGAUGACCAGUUGCAGAGAGAUGGCCUGAAGUUGCAGGGUCUGAAACGUGGCCGUGCAGGAAUGAAUGAAUCAUUUGGACAAGCUGGUACUGUUAAAGAUGUCCCUGUGCAAUGUGAAGUUGCCUCUAACUGGGACUGGGAUGAUGAUAGAGGCGCAGUCAUGGAUAUUCAAGUAUUACUUUCUGAAUUUGGUGAUUUUAGGGACUUCUUUGAGAAUGAUUCAUUGCCUUUUGGAGAGCCCCCAGGAACUGCUGAGUCCCAGGCCCUUAUGUUUUCCAUACCUGAUGGUGGAGAUGUGGGUAGUAGUCCUUGCACUGGGAUAAUGGAUGACAGCGAUCAGAUUAUCUUACCUGUAGGAUUUCAAUCCUUGGACAAUUUUACUGCACCUCCACUCAUGGAGGAACAUUCUAAUAAAAAUCAAGAAGUUGUGAAAGUAUCUGUCUCAUUAGAGCAAGUUAAUGAUUUACCUGCAUCUUUUAACAUUGAGUUUGCCAAUUUACUGAAAGCUGAAGCUCAGAUAUCUUUUGCUCCGGAAUAUGGGGCAGUUGAAGCAAACACAAGCGAAGCAUCAACCUCUAUUUUCAAAAGCCCUUAUGUACCGAAGUCCAGACAGGUUGAUGGUGCAGAUUCAUGCCCAAAGAGUUAUGUGUACAAGGCAACACCACCUCAAUAUUCUAGCUUAGAAGGAUCUGAUGAGAAAUCUGACAUCAGCACAAAUCUUAAGGGAUACACAGGAAGGAGUGGUGUUAGUGCUGUUGCCACUUCAAGAAAGUAUUAUACUCUUGUUGGAAGCGGUAAAGAGAAAAAUGAAGGAAAGAAUAUCCCUUGCCAUAAGAGUAGUAUAAUUAAAGAUGAAGAAAUGGUACUAUCUUCAUAUCCUGACUUUGAUUCCGGACCUGUUAAACCUUUCCAAACGAAUGUGAUCGAUACUGUUAUGCAUGCAGAAAAAAAUGUUAUUUCUACAAAAACUAAGCUAGCCACUGAAAUCGAAUGCAUCAUGUUCCAAGCUUCUAUGUGUAGAAUGCGGCAUACACUUUUAUCAUCAGGGAACUCUCUGCCAGUGGGUUUAAGUGGACUAACUGGGAGCUCUUUGCUGAGUCAGCUGCACAGUGAGCCAAGUUGUGCAACAGAUAACAUCUCUAACAAGUAUGAGGUGAAGAAGAAGAAAGAAACUAUACCAAUGAGAAUUGCUGGUGAUUUUAAUGGAGGAAUUCAAGAUGGACCAAUUAAUGCUCCUGUAGGGGUUUGGCGUCAGGUUGGUGUUUCCAAGGGUUCUAAACCUACUCCUUCUCCUAGCUUGGAAGCUAGCCAUUCACUGCCUCAUUUAUCUAGUGAGGAAGGUGUACUUUCUUAUGGACAGAGACAGCCACUUCUUGAAUUCCUUGAUGGAUUGGCAUUAUUUGUCCAACAAGCUACUUCUUUUGUUGAUAUUGCACUUGAUGCUGAUUUUGGGGAUGGUCCAUAUGGUUGGCUUGCAGUACAAGAGCAGUGGAGACGUGGAUUUGCUUGUGGGCCUUCUAUGGUCCAUGCAGGCUGUGGAGGAAGUUUUGCUUCUUGUCAUUCGCUUGACAUUGCUGGUGUGGAGCUGGUGGACCCACUUCUGGCUGAUGUCCAUGCAUCUUCUGUCAUUGGUUUGCUGCAAUCAGACAUUAAGACUGCCUUAAGGUCUGCAUUUGGUACUUCAGAUGGUCCACUGCUUGUCAAUGAUUGGUGCAAGGGACGCAAUCAAUCAGUGGACGCAGGCUCUGCAUUUGAUGUAUUUUCUACAGAAGUCACUGGAGUCGAAGGAUCUAAUAUGGGAAGCUCAACAGUUGGUGAAACAUUAAGCCCCUCUCAGUCUUCUGUCAAGGAUGGAGCUAGCUUUGUCCAAAGGAGGCCGAACCAAGAAAUUUGCACAUCAGAUCCAGAGCAGCAACUAGGUCCUAAGAUCAGGCCAUCUUUAUUUGUACUUCCACUGCCUUCCAUACUAGUGGGGUACCAAGACGACUGGCUUAAGACUUCAGCAAGUUCUCUGCAGCUUUGGGAUAAGGCUCCUCUAGAACCAUAUGCCUCCCCAAAGCCUAUGAGUUACUUUGUUGUUUGUCCGGAUAUUGAUCCUCUUAUAAAUGCUGCUUCGGACUUUUUCCAGCAACUUGGUACCGUUUAUGAGACUUGCAAGUUGGGGACUCAUUUACCUCAAAGUUCAGGAACACAAAUGGAGAUGGAUUCAGGAAAACGUUUGCCAACUGGCUUUGUUCUACUUGAUUGUCCACAAUCAAUGAAGAUUGAAAGUAGUGCAGCAUCACUUGUUGGGUCAAUUAGUGAUUAUUUCCUGUCGCUAUCUAAUGGUUGGGACUUGCAGAGCUAUCUUAAAUCUCUCUCAAAAGUUCUUAAAGCUUUGAAACUUGGUUUAUGUACUACUACAAACCCAAAGGAGGAAAACAGUCGUCCAUGUUUGGUAAUAUAUGUAGUAUGCCCAUUUCCAGAGCCUGCUGCCAUUCUUCAAACAGUUAUCGAAUCCUCUAUUUCUGUUGGAUCAAACAUUCUAUCAGCAGAUAAAGAGAGAAGGUCAAUAGUGCACAAUCAGGUGAUGAAGGCAUUAAGCUGCUCAGCAACUGUGGAUGAAGCGUCAACUUCUAAUAUUUUAACACUAUCAGGGUUCAAUAUUCCUAAAUUGGUUCUACAGAUCGUGACAGUUGAUGCAAUCUUUAGAGUGACAAAUCCAGCUGUUAGUGAACUGAUCAUUCUCAAAGAGACAGCUUUCACUGUUUACAAUAAAGCCCGACGAGUUUCACGAGGAAAUUCAACAGAUGCAAACCACUCUGUCCCUAUGUCAGGUAGAUCAUCCGUUAUGAUGCAAGUUUCUUCUCCAAUCCAAGGUAUGUGGAAAGAAUGCGUCGGUCCUCGAAUUACAGGACCUCUUCAAAGAGAGGGUGAACUUGAUGCUAGCUUGAGGCCUGGCACUUGGGAUAAUUCAUGGCAAGCAGCAAGAAUGGGAGGAAUAAGCUAUGAUCCUAGCAGAAAUGGUGAUUUCCUUGCUCCUGAAGAAAGCCGUUAUAUGUUUGAACCAUUCUUCAUUCUUUCAGAAUCUGGUUCUUUGGACCAUGGAAUUUCUCCUUCAGCUUUUAACAGCCUAACAUCUGAACCUUCAAAAUCUUCGCCAGACGACUACAGUAGUGGGAACUUUGUUCCAGGGUCGGGAUCAUCUGGAAAUGUAGAUAAUGCAUUGGGCUCUCAAGUUGAUAGGUCAGAUGCAGAUGGUUAUCAGAAGUCUCUUCCAAGUCUACAUUGUUGCUAUGGGUGGACAGAGGAUUGGCGUUGGUUAGUUUGCAUAUGGACAGACUCUAGAGGUGAAUUGCUUGAUAGUUAUAUAUUCCCUUUUGGUGGAAUUAGUAGUAGGCAGGACACCAAGGGUCUGCAGUCCCUUUUUGUCCAAAUGUUGCAUCAAGGUUGUCAGAUACUUCAGGCAUGCUCUUCAUCGGAUAUAGGAGUUGCUAAACCAAGAGAUUUUGUGAUUUCUCGUAUAGGAUCCUUCUUUGAGCUGGAAUGUCAAGAAUGGCAGAAAGCACUGUAUUCUGUUGGUGGUUCUGAGGUGAAGAAGUGGCCCCUUCAACUAAGGCGUCCUGUGCCGGAUGGUAUACUGGCAAAUAGCAAUGGCCCUUCUCUGCAGGAGCAGGAGAUGAGCUUAAUGCAAGAGAGGAAUCUACCUUCUUCGCCAAGUCCUUUGUACAGUUCUCACUCAAAAUCUUCUGGUUUCAUGAAAGGUGGCCUGAGCCAAUCUGCAACCAGGAAGCAGCUAAUGAGUGGACAUCAUCCCAUUGCAGACCACUCCCGAGGCUUGCUUCAGUAUGUACAAAGCAUCAGUUUUGUUUCCGUAUCUCUUGAUCAUACCUUAAAUCUAGUGUUGCAGGCUGAUUUGGCAUCUCCUGCAGGGAGUACUCAAGGAAGCAGCACAGUUAAUGGGUAUCUAGAAGGAUUUACUCCAGUAAAAUCUCUGGGCACAACAUCAGCCUCAUAUCUUAUGAUUCCAUCACCGAGCAUGCGGUUUCUACCUCCCACUCCACUUCAACUGCCCACAUGCCUCACUGCAGAAUCCCCACCGCUAGGCCAUCUCCUUCACAGCAAAGGCUCUGCAAUUCCUCUUUGUACAGGUUUUGUUGUAUCGAAAGCAGUACCCUCCAUGAGGAAAGACUCCAGAAGUAACUGCAAAGAGGAAUGGCCUUCGGUUCUUUCUGUGAGCCUUGUUGAUUAUUACGGCGGCAACAAUAUUAUUAACCAAGAGAAGAUGAUGAAAGGUGGUGGUGGUGGUGGGGCGGUUAAACAACAACAGGGUGCAAGGGGGGCAGCAGUUAAUUUGGAGUCUAGAGAUUUUGAAGUUGAGACCCAUUUGAUCCUCGAGGGUUUAGCGGCUGAGCUUAAUUCUCUUUCUUGGAUGACUAUCAGCCCGGCUUACUUGGACAGACGAACUGCUUUACCUUUUCAUUGUGACAUGGUUCUGAGAUUGAGAAGACUUCUUCAUUUUGCUGAUAAAGAGCUUAAUCGACAACCUGACAAAUAGCAUUAGUUAUUAGUGUAAACAAAGACGACAAAUCAACUGUGUAUUAUUUCCCUGAAAUUUGGUCCGGGAAAGAAGAUACUCUCAACACUUAGGAAGGAUAUUAUUACUUACUAUUAGAUAGAGUUAGUUACAGCUGCUCUCUGUAAAUAUACAACAGAUAGCUUCUAAAAGUUUUUGCAAAGGAUUCAGUGUAGAGACUUAGACUGUAUGCUUUGUUGACUCUUAUAUUGAAGGUUUGCUUGCCAUAAAGCUUGUUGCUGCUCAUG